AUGGACGGUGAUCCCCAUUCUCGAUGCCUGUCCACCCCUCGCAAUGAGGACAAGAUUGUACAAGUGCAGGCUGUGGUGCACUCUGAUCGUUGUUUAACAAUCCAAGAAAUUGCACAGGAGUGUGGCAUUUCCAUAGGAUCAUGUGAUGAAAUUUUGAGAAAGGACUUGAACAUGCGCCGAGUUUCUGCAAAGCUUGUGUUGCGUCUCCUCACUGAGGAUCAGCAAUUCCAACGACUGGCAAUCUCAUCUUAUUUGUUUCAAAGUGCAAGCAAGAAUCCGGAGUUCAUGAAGCUCAUCGUCACUGGGGAUGAGUCGUGGAUUUACGGAUACGAUCCCGAAACAAAGCAGGAAUCGUCACAAUGGAAAAGCCCCAGGUCUCCUCAGCCAAAGAAAGCUCGGCAGGUGCGAAGCCAGAUCAAAGUCAUGUUGCCUUUUGUUUUUCGAUGCAGAUGGAAUUGUUCAUCAUGA